UCCUUCUCCAAGAUGGCGGCGGUCGGCGGCGCUGAGGCGGGAUCCGGGCGAGCCGAGUGAAGACCUGGUCCUGUAGACGGGAAGGAGCCUGGACACAGUGACACAUUCACAAAGGCCCUGCAGGACCACCAUGGCUUAUGAUGACUCCGUGAAGAAAGAAGAUUGCUUUGAUGGUGAUCACAGCUCUGAGGACACAGGACUAGCUGCUGGCCGAAGCCAACGAGAAAAGAAACGUUCUUACAAAGACUUUUUAAGGGAAGAGGAAGAAAUCGCUGCUCAGGUCAGAAAUUCUUCCAAGAAGAAGUUAAAGGAUAGCGAACUUUAUUUCUUGGGGACGGACACGCACAAGAAGAAGAGGAAGCACUCCUCCGAUGAUUACUACCAUGGAGAUAUUUCGUCUUUGGAAUCGUCACAGAAGAAAAAGAAGAAGUUCAGCCCGCAGUCUGCCGAUACAGCCAUGGAUCUGUUGAAAGCUAUCACUUCCCCGCUGGCAACAGGCUCCAAGCCCUCCAAAAAGACAGGGGAGAAAUCCUCCAGUUCUUCAAGUCAUUCAGAGAGUAAAAAGGAACACCACAGGAAGAAAGUAAGUGGAAGCGGUGGGGAGCUGUCCCUGGAGGAUGGCGGUUCCCACAAAUCAAAAAAAAUGAAACCGCUCUAUGUGAACACAGAGACACUGACUCUUCGGGAGCCCGACGGCUUAAAGAUGAAGCUCAUUCUCUCGCCAAAGGAGAAGGGAAGCAGCUCGGUUGACGAGGAGUCUUUUCAGUACCCCUCUCAACAAGCGACGGUGAAAAAAUCCUCUAAGAAAUCAGCUCGGGAUGAGCAAGGUGCUUUACUCCUAGGACACGAGUUACAGAGCUUUCUGAGAACAGCCCGGAAGAAGCACAAGUCCGCCUCGGACCCACAUUCCUCUCCUGGCCCCGAAGGCGGUGGGUCGGAUGCCUCCCAAUUCCCAGACUCCCACAGCGCUAACCUUGAUCUUUCAGGACUUGAACCUAUUCUGGUAGAAUCAGACUCGUCCUCUGGUGGGGAGCUAGAGGCUGGGGAGCUAGUGAUAGAUGAUUCCUACCGGGAAGUCAAGAAGAAGAAGAAGUCAAAGAAGAGCAAAAAGAAGAAGGACAAGGAGAAGCAUAAAGAGAAGCGACACUCCAAGUCCAAGAGAAGUUCGGGACUUUCGGCCGCAGCAGCGGGAGAGGCCCCAGUGGCUCCCGGCCCUCCUCCCAGCGCCCCGCACACUGGGGCGGCUGCCCCUCCUCCCCCACUGCCCAGCCUCCACACAGACGGGCAUGGUGAGAAAAAGAAGAAAAAAGAGGAGAAAGACAGAGAGAGAGAGAGAGGAGAAAAGCCAAAAAAGAAGAACAUGUCUGCCUACCAGGUGUUCUGUAAAGAGUAUCGUGUGACCAUCGUGGCUGACCAUCCAGGUAUAGACUUCGGGGAACUCAGUAAAAAACUGGCUGAGGUGUGGAAGCAGUUGCCAGAAAAAGACAAACUGAUUUGGAAGCAAAAAGCUCAGUAUCUGCAACACAAACAGAACAAAGCAGAAGCUACAACUGUGAAAAGAAAAGCCUCCUGCUCGGAAGUUCCCAUGAAAGUAAAAGCUUCCUCUGCAGGAGUACUGUCUCCCCAGAAGAAAUCCCCACCCACCACCAUGCUGUUACCAGCCUCGCCAGCCAAAGCCCCUGAGACAGAGCCCAUUGAUGUCGCUGCUCAUCUACAGCUGCUGGGAGAGUCCCUAAGCCUCAUUGGACACCGCCUGCAGGAAACCGAGGGCAUGGUGGCUGUGUCCGGCAGUCUGUCAGUGCUUCUGGAUUCCAUCAUCUGUGCGCUUGGCCCCUUGGCGUGUCUGACCACACAACUACCUGAACUGAACGGCUGUCCCAAGCAGGUCUUGUCAAACACACUAGACAACAUUGCUUACAUCAUGCCUGGACUGUGACCUCGAGGAGUCCCGGGACAGAGACCUCAUCCAACCCCAUUGCUGGUUUGUGUAUAUGUGGAUGCGCCAGAUCACUGGUCUCCGGGUGUAGGUUUUAAAUUUUUAUAUAUAUAUACAUAUAUAUAUAUACAUAUAUAUAUAAUGUACAAUAUAUACAUAGGACUGUAACUACUUUGCUUUUAAUAAUUUUAUGAAAUGGCAAAGGUUUAGCCAAGAGGAAACCUUGGCAUGAAUAUGGACUUGGGAUUCUUUUUUCUCCUGUGGUGGAUAAAUCUGCCUUAAAAAUCAAUGUAACUUGGGGGCUGGGGGCUUGUUCUGGGUGCCAAGGGCAUCUCUUUAUGGACAGCUAA